AUGGGGGCGUUCCUGAUCCCCUACCUGGUGGGGGUGGUAACAGGGGCGGUGCCUUUGUUCUACCUGGAGGUGGCCGUCGGGCAGUUUAUGACAGAGAGCGGUCUGAGAGCCUGGAAGAUCUGCCCCCUCUUCAUGGGAAUUGGCUGGGCCACUACUGUGAUCGUGUUCUUCCUGGACUGUUAUUAUAACGUCAUUCUGGCCUGGGCCUUCUACUACCUGUUUGCUUCUUUCACGUCCGAGCUUCCUUGGGUCACGUGUGGGAACUGGUGGAAUACGGACAAGUGCUCCGCCACCUUCAGCUUUAGUCCAAAAGGGAACGGGACGACAGCUAAUGUCACAGAGAUGAUUGCCAUGACAACCCAGGCCCCAGUUAAUAUGUCACUAGGCAACAUGACCAACGUGACCAAAGACCUGUCCAUAGAUUCCGUCACGGAAUACUGGGAACACCGUGUGCUUGGCAUCUCCAGUGGUAUUGACGACAUGGGUACCAUCAAGUGGGAUUUGGCGCUGUGUCUGCUGUUGGCCUGGAUAGUGGUCUAUGUCUGUAUCUGUAAGGGAAUUCGUACAUCAGGAAAGGUUAUGUACGUCACAGCCACGUCACCGUACAUCUUCAUGACGAUCUUGCUGGUCCGUGGGUGUACCUUGCCUGGGGCAGUGGAUGGCAUCAUUUACUAUCUCAAGCCAGACUUCGCUAAACUUGCCAACAUACAGGUAUGGGUGGAUGCGGGAACCCAGAUAUUCUUCUCCUAUUCUAUCGCCCUGGGUGUCCUGACAGCACUGGGCAGUUACAACGACUUCAACAGAAACUCUUACAGGGACUGUAUCAUCUUUGCCUCAGUGAACAGUGGAACCAGUAUCUUUGCCGGCUUUGUCAUCUUCAGUACCUUGGGCUAUAUGUCGUACAAACAGGGCAUACCCGUGAGCGAGGUGGCCGAGUCAGGUCCGGGUUUGGCCUUCAUUGCCUACCCCACAGCACUGGCUGAAAUGCCGGUGGCUCCCUUGUGGUCAGUGUUCUUCUUUAUCAUGGUCAUCCUGCUGGGACUGGACAGUCAGUUUGUGGGCGUGGAAGGCUUGAUAGCGGCGUUUGUGGACGAGUUUGCCAGCACUCUACGCCGUGGCUACAGGAGAGAGAUCUUCAUUGGCAUCAUGUGCUUCAUAAUGUUCCUGGUCGGCUUAAGCAUGGUGACAAAUGGAGGAAUGUAUGUAUUCCAGCUGUUUGACUAUUACACCGGGAGCAGAAUUAUUUUGUUUGUGGCGUUCUUUGAGUGUAUCGCGGUAGCCUAUCUUUACGGGAUAAACCGCUUCUACGACAAUCUUCAGAUGAUGCUAGGGUUCCGGCCCAAUCCGUACAUGAAGUGGUGUUGGUUGGUAGUAUCGCCUAUAUUUUGCAUUGCCGUGUUUAUUAUGAGCGCCAUCAACUACUCUGAGUUGACCUAUGACCGCCCCGCUGGCAAGUACAUAUACCCAGACUGGGCCGUCGGUAUCGGAUGGGCCUUGGCUUGUUGCUCAGCGAUAUGGAUCCCUCUGGUGGCCGUUUACAAAGCCUUCCAAUAUGCAAACUGCAGAAGGGCCUGUCGCCGUCUUAUAGAACCCGAGGACCUCAAAGAGCACCAGUUACGGCCCCAAGACAAAAGAGAUGACAUGCAGGACUUUGAGAAUCGUGCUUACGAGCCAGAUUCUUUUAACAAAUUAUAGGCCAAGAUAUUCCAUAUAUAUAUAGACUUAACUAUGUUGUCAUUUAGGUUCUUUGUUUUGUUUUCUAUUAGUUAAUUUGUACAGCACAAAAUUAUAUGUAUACCAUGUAUAUAGGUAGUGGUUUCUGUCAUAGGUAGGUUGGUAGGUAUACCGUAUUGAUAAUGGCAGACUGCUGUCAUAUCCAGAUUUUCAGCCAUAUAAAGUUCUGGCGCACAUUGUAUGCCUAUCAGUUUGGAGCUCGAGCAGUUAAAUUGGGAGCCAUGAAGCAUUUAGUAGAACUUGGAAGCGAAUGUGUACAUAUACUUUUCUAGUACUUUUAUACAUCAUUGAUUUAUACUAUCAUAGUCAAAUUAUGAAAUAUCAUAGUCAAUGAUUUUUAUGCAUUCACUAUAUGAAUAGGAUGUCAUUGAAAACAUUCCAAAAAGUAGAUUAAUAGUUUGCUAUACGUGUUUUAAGAUGUCCCAAAGUCAGGGACAGGUCAAGCAGUUAUAUGUGAAUAGGGGAAUUUUUUUUCUUUAGGACAACUGGAUUUGGCGCGAAAAUCCUGCAAAGGUCACCUGAAACAUUAAAGACAAUUAAGCACCACAAAGAAAUACGUGUAUAUGCUCUUUUAUUAAUAUUUUUAUAUCAGUGAAUUAAUCUAUUUGUAAUUGUGAUAUAAAUGGUCUUUCAUAAGCAUCUUCUUUUCAGAAAUACUACUUAUAACCAAACCAACGAUAAGAUUACUUCAUUUUAUGCUCAUUGAUAUAUUUGAUGUUGGUAAAUGUCAAAAUCACACAAAUUAAGGAACUUUUGGUCAAAACCAGAGUGCCAGUGUUAUCAGUGCGUCCACCCAUUGCUGGUCUUGUGUUUUAUAUAACGGUCCGUGUCACAGUCUUUCAGAUUGUAUGAGAAAAUGAUCAAGUAUUUGAGCAAAAUUUGGGAAAUAUACCUUUAACUAUUUUGUCGUUUAAAAGGAAAAUGUAUUUUUGGUGUUCAAACACAAGAGAAUCGAGUGAAUAUAAAGGAAGCAAGAUACCUUCAGAUGCUGGGUUCUACACUGUACCACAUAUCGUACCAUGUUAUUGUACCACACAGGUCGGUGAAUCUAAAUCUUGUCAUCUUUUUAUUUUGCAAUACGCGAGGCCAGUGAAUGUUGUAGUGAAUAUGGCUGUGCUCAAUUAAAAAGGAAGAAAU